AUGCCCCCUCGCUUGUCUCCUGCUAGAGUUCAGUCAUUUGUCUCCAUCUACCCCUGCUCAUAUCCUCAGACUCGCGCCAGCAGCAGCCGUUUAUAUUCGACAUGUCUGAAUGCCCAUAGACAGCACUCGGAUCGUCGCUCGAAGCGGAUCUCCGUGCACACAUAUCCAAGUCGCCUAGGCAAACAGCGCGCUUUCCAUGCUUCCUCAGCCCGUUUGGCACCGAAGGAUCCAUACCAAGUGCUCGGGGUGAGCAAGAAUGCCAACCCAGCGGAAAUCAAGAAGGUUUACUUCUCGCUUGCACGUAAAUACCAUCCGGAUACGAACCCCGACAAGAAUGCUCAAGAGAAGUUUGUCGAAAUCCAGGAAGCAUAUGAUAUCUUGAAGGACGAGAAGAAGCGAGCAGACUACGACAAGUACGGCGCGGCUUCGCAGCAACCUGGAUUCGACUCGAAUGCGUUUGCCAACGCGACAGGAGGCUUCGGAGAUUUCUCCCAGUUUGGCGGGUUCCGUGGGUCCUCGUCGCGGGGGCCCGGGGGGCUAGGGGAUCUCUUCGAGCAGCUAUUCAACGCGUCUGGAGGUUCCUUCGCUGGAGGUCGGGCGGCUGCCCAUGAUAUGCAAGGGAACGAUAUCACGGCGUCCGUUGGCGUAACAUUCAUGGAGGCUUGCAAGGGCGCGACUCGCCAUAUAGAGAUCACGCCGGUGGUCAACUGUACCUCUUGCUCCGGCACAGGCCUCAAGUCUGGUGCAAAGCGGUCGAGAUGUACCACUUGUGGCGGAACGGGUGAACAGUCCUACGUGGUCAGCAACGGCUUCCACAUGUCGACGACAUGUAGCCAAUGUCAUGGGACCGGUACGACAGUCCCGCGAGGCAGCCAGUGUGGCACGUGUGCAGGCGUCGGGCAGGUCAGGAUGAAGAAGACUGUCAAGGUGGACGUACCUGCGGGUGUGGACGAUGGUAUGACGAUCAGAGUCCCAAGCGCGGGCGACGCGCCGGUAUCCGGGAAGGGUCGUGCCGGCGAUCUACUCGUCAGGGUACGCGUUUCGCCUUCGAAGGUCUUCCAGCGCCAGGGCGCAAAUCUGCACCAUGAAGCACGCAUCCCUUUACACACAGCUCUUCUGGGUGGAAGGGUCCGCGUUCCCACCUUAGAUGGAGACGUCGACGUGCGGGUCCCUUCUGGAACACAGUAUGGCGAAGAGAUGGUCCUGAAGGGGCGUGGCGUGUCUUCCGUCUUUAGCGGCCCAAAGGGGGACCUUUUCGUCAGAUUUGCCAUCCAGCUUCCUCGGUCACUCACGCCGCGACAGCGAGAGAUCCUCCAAUUGUAUGCAGAUGAGGCGGAAGGCCGGACAAACACAUCGAAGACAGGACCGCAUGCUUCCACUUCCACGGAGCCGGCAUCACCAUCAAGUGACAAAACGUCGAGCGAGUCGACCUCGUCAGAAAAUGGUACGGAUUUUCCUCCUACAUCCCCAGCUAGCUGGGCGUCUCGUGCAUGGCAUCGGAUCAAGGAACUCAUCGGAUUUUAA